AUGCAUCUCGAUAUGCCCGAACUCCUUCUCGAGACCUUUCUGCGCUGCGCCCAUCAAUCCAACCCCAUUCGCCACGCCUCUUCCUUGCCCACAACUAUCAUGACUACACCUAGUGCUUACUUCAAUCAACACUUCUACGGUCCCAGUCUCUCGCUCCUCCAAGGCCACAUCACCGUUCACAAUGGCUUCUUUCCCACCACUGGCCACCAUGCCACCUUGGCUGAACCCAUUCACUCGAACAAAGACAAGGCAGAGGAGUAUCCUGAGUCUGAGUUGCCCGCCCUGGAUUGGAGAAAGUACUAUAGCAAAGUGCUUCCCAUUCUUCAGUCAUCCGGCUUUGGCAAGACCCGGAUGUGUGUGCAACUGAGCACCAUCAGUCCUGAUAUGCUCAUUUGCCUUCACCACAAGACCCAAGCUGAUGACAAACAACACCAAGAGUCCUUUCCACCCCAAGACUCACUCAUCUUUGAGUACUUUCAGCGUUGCAAGAAUCGUAUCUUCAACACUGAGUUUCCAACAACCCCAGAAGAUCAUGAGCACUUCAACCAAGCCCAUCUAGGCAUACUCACCUGGCUUGCUAUCUAUUGCAAAACCAUCGCCUUCUACCUCGAGCAGCUCAAACGAAAUGCCCACGAUUGCUUUGGCACCCCUCGCCGAUGCGAUUCCGAUCCAUGCCUAUGCUGGCAGACUAUUGUCUAUCAACUCGCUGUGGCUAUUUACUUGCCCUCUUCCGGAUUCCUUUCCCACAAGCUCUUCGAACAGCCUCAAACCUGUCCUCGCAUCUGUCUUGUACAAGAUCUUUCGGAUCUGCUUAGCAGCACCGACACCACUACCACCACCUCCACUCCCACAGAGCAACCAACAAAACAAAGCAAGGCCAAGCUGUAUGCACCUAUGCAAACUCCACCGCAGCUCUUCGGCACUCGCAGGCUACGCAGUGUCAUGCUUGAAUACAUUUGCAAGUCUGCCACUGAACUGGACCAAGACAUGUGCAUACAGCUCGCAGGGUUCUGGUUCCAUGCCUUGCCCAUGUUGAUGUGGAUUCUUCUCAUUGACACCAACUCUGUUCUGGCACUGCUUGCUGGCGACACCACUCGCAAAGGCUCGCGACGCACCCACGAUGGCAGCAUGCAUCGCCUCACCCAACCUUUCUCGCUCAUGCCCCUCGAUGUCAACUUUACCAAGCAACAAUGCCAAAAGCUCUUUGCCGAUGUCCCCACCUUUACACUCUGGAAGCUCAAUCAGCUGCUUCUGAUGCUAGGUAGGCCCUUGUGGUAUGACAAGCUUUAUCACAGCGAGCAGGGGGUAAUAUAUCUGUGCACCAUCAUUGACAAGCUCAUCUACCCUGCUGGGUGGAAAUGGGAUCUCCAUACAUCUUGGAUGCAUCACAACGAAAUCAAUCAAAACCUCUUGGCAUUGGUCUCGCAGCACAUCUAUCUCGAGGUCUCCAGUCGAUCCAAUCCCAAGUCAUGGUAUGAAUUUAUUCAGAACCAGAUUGGACAGCAUCUACGCUUCAUAGGCCAUAUCUACACUGCCUCCAACUCCAUCAUCACCAACACACCAAGCGAGCCACCUCUCAGUGCCGCAGUUGCCUGGUUCUUUCGCUGUGAACCCAAGGAGACACUUCGCAAGUGGGGAAAGGUCAUCCAGGCCCUUGUCCAUGCCAAUGAGUCUGUUGGCUUCAACCUCGGCGCCAAGGGCGAGCAUGGCAUUGCUGUGCUCUGCACCAUGGCUAUUGAUGUCACUGCCUCGCAAAUCUACUUGGACGUUUUGAAGCAAUCUCUUUUGCCCUCUCCCAGCACCUCGAGCAUCUAUGCUGCUGUCUUUGGCCUCGUCCCAGUCCAUAGAUGGCUCAAAUCGCUCAUCGGAGGUCAAAUACAUCAUGCUGCCUCCUUGUUCCCUCCGUCAAUGACUCAUGUCGGCUCUGGCGAGGACGACAGCCACGUCAGCGAUGCGAUGGAGGAGGACUCUGUUGCAUCCUCCAGCGCAGACUUGGAAUUUGAAUCGAUCAGUCCCAACUCUGCCUUUGCUGCAGCAGGCACGAUGGAUGAGACAUCUGCACUGUGGUGA